CGCCAAUAUCGCACAUUGACUUCAAGGGCACGACAGUCUCUUCUUGAUGGUUGAACCACCUGGAAGAAGAGCAACGCGGUGUGCUGAAACUGAAAAAUCCAGCCAGGAGCACUCCAAAGGAUGACCUGCGCCUCAUUUGCUGUGCUCAACGCUAACCAAAUCUAAAGCUGAUGGAGGCGCUCCAAAUACCCGUGCGGCGAGCAGACAGCUAGGAAGAAAUUGAAAAAGGUUCAUGCAUGCGAUUCAGAGUGUACACCUUCAUACAGCACGUUUCAGAGCCCUUGUGGUUCAUCCUAAUUUUCAACACAAAUGAUUAGUUUGAUAAUUAUUUGUAUCGUUCAUUACGUAUAUAAAUAUUAUUUUAAAUUGAUAAUGACAAACUUGGACUGAGGAAUUAUAAAUAUAUCUAAAAAAUAAAAAAAAUAAGAUGUUUUGCAAUUCAAAAUAGGUUAAUAAAACACCACUCCAACGUAAAAUUGUAUUUUUCGGAAAAUUCCUUGAAGAAAAGAAAGCUAAUAAUUAUAGAUAUGAAAGAUGUGGCAUAAUAAAGUUAAUUCGAAAAUUAAAAGUACAAUCUCAUGACACACGUUUGCAUAGCACUCACUACUUAAAUAUAAAAACGGAACUUUUUGUGAUUAUCUUUUAACCUCAGUCCAAAUUUCCGUUUCCUCACAUCCUUUAAAACUAACGAAAUAAAUUUCCCUAAAAGGUUAAAAGAAAUUAAAUUUAACUUGAAAUGCCCUUGGCAUAAACCGAAAUAAGAGUAAACAAAGUUGAUUAAAAUUUCUUGCGGUCGGGAGACAACCAGUUCUCUACUACUUAAAGGAACUUUCUAGCAGCUUGUACAAUUGUGUAAAAAUGGCCGAUCUCGACACGACUGUCUUUGCUGCUAGCCAAAGCUUUUACCAGGCGGUGGGAAAAAUUGAAGGGAAUGUUGUUUCAUCACCCGUUAGCUGCCUUUUCGCAUUGGGAAUGCUGUUUGCUGGUUCUGAGACUCACACCCGUAAGAGCAUGGCCAAAGCACUGCAGUUUCCCGAGAAUUUGACCAAAACUGCAGCCAAGUUUGAAGCUGUUUCAUUUGCCCUGCAGGGAUUGAAUGGGGUUGAAUUGUCGAUUGCCAACAAGGCAUUUGCAGCAGAGGACAUCAGUAUUUCACUUGAUUACGUGACGCUCAUUUCAAAGUCAUUUUUGGCUUCCGCGGAAAACGCGGAUUUCAAACAUCCAGAGGUAGCCAGAGCGAAAAUUAACGAUUGGGUCAAUGCCGAGACCAAAGGACUGAUCAAGAAGUUGCUUGAUGAGCCUCUUGAAAUUAACACCCGGCUGGUUCUGCUGAACGCCAUAUAUUUCAAAGGCCAGUGGGAAUCGCAAUUCAACCCAGAGAAUACGAAAAUGACUCAAUAUUUUUGGGGAUACCGGGAAAUCUAUAUGAAAGUGCCCAUGAUGCACAAAAAGGACUAUUAUCUGCACGCUGUUCUUCCUGAUCUCGACGCCCAGGCCAUCGCCAUACCUUACAAGGGAGGGGAUAUGAACUUGCUUGUGAUUUUGCCAAACAAAAAUGAUGGUUUGUAUAAACUGACAGAGCAAAUCGACCAGCUGUAUGAUCUGAAGUCUAUAAUGUCGAAAAUGACCACUGCAGUGGUAGAUGUGUUUUUACCAAAGUUCAAAAUCGAAUCAACCAUCAAGCUUGAACCCUACCUUCGUGAGAUGGGUCUUGCCGAUAUAUUUGAAGUGCCAGACUUUUCAGGCAUUUCUGCUGAAAAAUUGAUUGUUAGCAAAGUGAUUCAAAAGGCAGUGAUUGAGGUGAAUGAGGAGGGAACCGUUGCUGCUGCUUCAACUGCUGCUGUCGCCAUAAAUAGAAUGACAAGUAAACGGGUUUUCCGCUGCGACCAUCCGUUCUUUUUUUUCCUGACCUACCGCGACAACUUUAGCCUGUUUGGAGGGAAAUUCGAUAGACCAGAAUGAUAUCGUUGACGCUAUUACAAGUUUCAUCUCAUCAUCAGCAUAUACUAGUGGCAUGAUAAACUUUAAUGUUUCUAACAAUAAUAGUAAAACCACUUUAAUACAAUAAAAAUAAUAAGUAGAUCUCUCGAGAGAA